AUUACCUGCUCACUCUUUAACAACUCUUCCUCCUCUCCCGUCAUUACAAAAAAUAUUAAUUUAAGAGAAACAAUGAGCUGAGAGUGUCCAAUUUAUUCCUCAUCCAUUCACUGAUUGACUACUCACUGACCUCGGAGAGCAAGGCCCAGAAAAGUUGCCCCCUCGUGAGUGGUUGCUGGAAGAUAUGCGAUGGUGGUGUUAGGAGGGCGGUGUGUAAGAGUGUCGAAAUUAGUGCAAGAAGAAGUUUGUGUGUCGUCGACGAGAGGUGAAAAGCAAGUUUAUUCGUCGGCAGGUUUAUAGCUGGGCCCAAACUGUGUGCUAGCUAAAAGAAAUUAAAAAAGUGGAGAGUUUCCGACAAAUACAAGUGUUCGAAAAGUGCUACUUUUGGCCCAUAAUUAGGAUUCUUAUAAUAUCUUAAAUAUUACAAGUUCUGAGAGUGCCGUUGCUGCGGUUGGGGACAGUGUGAUUGUUGUUCGUUGUUAAAUGGUGGCCCUUCUUCCCCCGUCUCCAAUUUCGCUGUGACCUUUUAACCCGUUCGAGUGCUUAACGUGUCCAAAGGUCUGCUGACCUACUCAAGUCAGUGCCACACACUUCUCUCAGGGACAGCAAUAUGGCGCCGAAGAAGAAGGAGAAGGAUUUAGAUAAUCUUAAGCAAGAAUUAGAUAUAGAUGAUCAUAAAAUUCCCUUAGAAGAGCUCUUCAGAAGGUUGCACUCCAACCCUGAUACUGGUCUCACGCAAGCGAGGGCGAAAGAAAACUAUGAUCGGGACGGUCCUAACGCCCUGACACCCCCAAAGACAACGCCAGAAUGGAUUAAAUUUUGUAAGAACCUUUUCGGCGGUUUCGCCCUCCUACUGUGGAUCGGUGCAGCUCUGUGCUUUAUAGCGUAUUCCAUCCAACUUGGUAAUUAUGAAGAUGUACCCAAAGACAACUUAUACCUGGGCGCUGUGUUGUCAGUAGUUGUGAUCGUAACAGGAUGUUUCUCGUAUUAUCAAGAGAGCAAAAGCUCUAAAAUCAUGGAAUCCUUUAAAAACAUGGUUCCUCAAUAUGCAACUGUUUUACGAGAAGGGCAAAAAUUAACACUAAAAGCAGAAGAAUUGACCGUCGGUGACGUUGUGGAAGUUAAGUUUGGUGAUCGUAUUCCAGCAGAUAUUCGUGUUAUUGAAUCUCGAGGCUUUAAGGUGGACAACUCUUCAUUGACCGGAGAGAGUGAACCGCAGUCGAGAGGUUCUGACUUUACCCAUGAUAACCCCCUAGAGACCAAGAAUCUGGCAUUCUUCUCUACCAAUGCUGUUGAAGGAACUGCCAAGGGUAUCGUCAUUUCUUGUGGUGACAAUACGGUUAUGGGUCGUAUUGCUGGUUUGGCUUCUGGACUCUCUUCUGGGGAAACCCCAAUUGCAAAGGAAAUUGAGCACUUUAUUCAUCUCAUUACCGGUGUGGCCGUGUUCUUGGGGGUGGUCUUCUUUAUUGUCGCCUUUGUCCUUGGUUACCACUGGCUGGACGCUGUCAUCUUCUUGAUUGGUAUCAUCGUGGCUAAUGUCCCUGAAGGUCUCUUGGCUACUGUCACUGUCUGUCUGACUCUCACCGCAAAACGUAUGGCUUCCAAGAAUUGCUUAGUUAAGAACUUGGAAGCUGUUGAAACACUUGGAUCUACUUCUACUAUCUGCUCGGACAAAACCGGAACCCUGACACAAAACAGGAUGACUGUCGCUCACAUGUGGUUUGACAACCAGAUCAUUGAAGCCGAUACCACAGAAGAUCAAUCUGGAGCUCAGUAUGAUAAAACCAGUGAAGGAUUUAAGGCUCUCGCCCGGGUCGCUGCAUUGUGUAAUCGAGCAGAGUUUAAGGGAAAUCAAGAAGGUGUUCCAAUUUUGAAACGAGAGGUUAACGGUGACGCUUCUGAAGCUGCUCUUCUUAAAUGCAUGGAACUUGCCAUUCACGACAUUAUGAGUUACCGAAAGAAAAACAAAAAGGCUUGUGAAGUACCCUUCAACUCUACAAACAAGUAUCAAGUUUCCAUUCACGAAACUGAAGAUCAGAAUGAUCCUCGAUAUCUCUUGGUCAUGAAGGGAGCUCCUGAACGAAUUUUGGAUCGAUGCUCAACAAUCUUUAUUGGUGGAAAAGAGAAAGUUUUGGACGAGGAAAUGAAGGAAGCUUUCAACAAUGCAUACUUGGAACUUGGUGGACUUGGAGAGCGAGUUCUUGGAUUCUGCGACUUUAUGCUGCCGUCUGACAAGUACCCACCCGGUUUCAAAUUUGAUUGUGAUGAUCCAAACUUUCCCAUUUCCGGCUUGAGAUUUGUUGGUCUAAUGUCCAUGAUUGAUCCUCCUCGUGCUGCUGUCCCUGAUGCUGUCGCCAAGUGCCGAUCUGCCGGUAUCAAGGUCAUUAUGGUCACUGGUGAUCAUCCUAUCACUGCCAAGGCUAUUGCCAAAAGUGUUGGAAUCAUUUCCGAAGGAAACGAGACAGUAGAGGACAUUGCUCAAAGAUUGAACAUCCCCGUUUCCGAAGUGAAUCCCGCUGAAGCAAAGGCUGCCGUCGUCCAUGGAACAGAACUGAAGGACUUAUCUCAAGACCAAUUGGACGACAUUUUGCGCCACCACGCAGAAAUUGUGUUCGCCCGUACGUCCCCACAACAGAAGCUGAUUAUUGUUGAAGGUUGUCAACGACAAGGAGCCAUUGUGGCUGUUACUGGAGAUGGUGUUAACGAUUCUCCUGCCCUGAAGAAAGCUGAUAUCGGUGUUGCUAUGGGUAUCGCUGGUUCAGAUGUGUCGAAACAGGCCGCUGACAUGAUCUUGUUGGAUGAUAAUUUCGCCUCCAUUGUCACUGGUGUUGAGGAAGGACGUUUGAUUUUUGACAAUUUGAAGAAAUCCAUUGCCUACACGCUCACAUCAAACAUUCCCGAGAUUUCUCCUUUCCUCUUGUUCAUCUUGGCCAGUGUCCCACUCCCUCUUGGAACGGUUACUAUUCUCUGUAUUGAUUUGGGAACUGACAUGAUUCCUGCCAUCUCCCUCGCAUACGAAAAAAGUGAAUCAGACAUCAUGAAACGGUGUCCUCGAGACCCGUUCAAAGACAAAUUGGUCAAUGAGAGGUUGAUUUCCAUGGCAUACGGUCAAAUCGGUAUGAUCCAAGCAGCCGCUGGGUUCUUUACCUACUUUAUUAUCAUGGCUGAAAAUGGAUUCCUUCCCUCAAAGUUGUUUGGUAUCCGGAAACAAUGGGAUUCAAAGGGCGUGAAUGACUUAGAAGACUCUUAUGGACAAGAAUGGACCUACACGGAUCGGAAAAAGUUGGAAUAUACUUGCCACACUGCAUUUUUCGUCGCCAUCGUGGUGGUGCAAUGGGCUGAUUUGAUCAUUUGCAAAACUCGAAGAAAUUCUAUUGUUCACCAAGGAAUGAACAACUGGGUCCUCAACUUUGGUCUUGUGUUCGAAACUGUUUUAGCAGCUAUUUUAUCAUACACUCCUGGCAUGGAAACUGCCCUCCGAAUGUUCCCACUCAAAAUCAACUGGUGGAUUCCGGGAAUCCCUUUCUCCAUAGCUAUUUUUGUUUAUGAUGAGAUUCGUCGAUUCAUUCUUCGUCGUAAUCCAGGUGGUUGGGUGGAACUAGAAACAUACUAUUAGUCCACAACACUGGCAUAGUGAUCGUAGCUAUUAAAUAAUUCAACCAAUUUAAUAAAUAAAUAAAUAAAUAAUGAAUUCUACACGUAAAUUACUUAAUCAUCUUCGAAAAUGAAUGAAUAAUAAAUAACGAAUAUCUCCCAACCAAUUAACCAUAGACUUUCCCCACUACUAUUGUCCCAACUCCGACAUCAUCAUCACACGUACACCACGUCUUCGUCGUCUAGGACAUCCAACCAACCAAUCAACGUACAGCUGCAAAAACUACCAAAUGCUAAUGCAACUACAACUUCAAUUAAAUUCAACAGUACUAUUAUAAUAUACCUAAUCAUAUACAAUAUCUACUACUUGAUACAAAAAACGACAUAACUCUAGGGUAAAUAAAAAUAAUUUUAAUAGUUAUGAUGUCUAGAGGUAAAAGAAAGUAUAUAUCUAUAUAUCUAUAUAUUCAGCCGCCACGCCACGUCGACAACAAGUCAUAAUUUUACUAGAAUGUAAAUCCAUAAGUCAUCGUCUCACCAAUGAAUGAUGACCUUCGGUAUAUAAAUAUGCAUGUAUUGACCGCCAGGCCAGACACGACGACGACAGAAAUCAACCCACAACUAACCAAUCAAAACCGACAACAACCGUGUAAAAAAAAGAAAUGUUUCAAAGAAAUGUAAUUUUAAUUAGCCCCAUUUUAAAUCUUGAAUUAUGUUUUACAUUUAAAUUUUACUCAUAAACUCUUAGUCGUCAUUCAUUCAGCAGUCUUAAAAUUGAGCCUUCAAUUAAAAGGUUUCCAUCUUAUCUUAUAUUCUGGUGAUAGGUUACAUUGUUAAAUAAAACAAAGGGCUACUGAGCUGUGAAUUACUAUGAGCAAUUUUUUUUUAAAAAGAGGUAUGUGCUAAAUUUGGAUGCUUAAUUGAUUCCUACUCCAUCUCAUCCUCCUCCCACACUACAUAUUAUAUAUGUGUCACCGCCAUGUUAAGUAAUUAUGUGUCCCUUCUUCAUAUUGAUACAAUAUCAUCUCUUCCUCCACACUGUACUGUACGCUGGUUCAUAAUAAUAUUCUUAAAGUUGUUAAUAUUACAAUAACAUGCUCCUGUAUAACGUCUAUAAUAUUAGUCAGUAAAGUGCAACUACAAUGUACGUACGUACUAUUACUACUACUAACACUACCACUAAAAACUAACAAAUUUAAAAAACCACCCAAAUGGUCCUCAUACUACAACCGCUAUUUAAAUAAAAUAAUAUUCCGUUAACCAGCAAGUCCACCGCCCACAGCAAAGCACCCACCACUCCCAAAACCAACCAACAACAAUAUGUACUACUACUACUUUACUAACAAUUCCAUACAACAAUCAUGAGGACAAUUUAUGUUCGUUCUUCAGUGAGUAUAAAUAAAUAAAUAAAGAAAAAGAACGCCAUGCACCACUACCAACGACGAUCGUCAGGGUGACAAACAAGUAUGAAGCUUUAAACGAGAAGCAUGCAUGCAAUUUACAAUCCUGACGAGAUGAUAAACUGAGCAAGUGUUUUUAAUAAAUAGUAAAACUUUAGCUACCUUACUUACAAAAUAUCUAUGAAAUAAUGUUUGGUAUAUGAUAAACCCAUUGUUCAAUUUGUCUGUAUAUGUAUGUACAUAUGUAUGAUUGGAGUUUGCUGCUGCCUGCUUGAGUUGUAUGUAUGUACAUAUGAGUGAGUGCUAUAAUUGAUUAAUUACUGUGGUGUGGGGACAAAUGAUUUUGUUGUUGUUGUUGUCGUCGUCGUUGUUGUUAUUGUUGGAGGAGGAGGUGAAAAUAAGUAUAAUUAAUAAUUAAAAUGUAUAUGUAAGCCUAUAAUUAACAGAUUAUUCAUCUAGUGAUAAAUUCUAGUUGUAUUAUUAAUUACUUAUGUGGUAGUUUGUAUAAGAGGCAAAAGGUUAAACUAAAUUUAGUACUUACACGUAGUCUACUUAUUAUACUAUCUAUAUAUCUAUACAAACAACGGUACGUUUUUCUUUUUUGAAAAAGUGAAGGAAUUUAAUGGAAGAAAUCGGAAUUGAGUGUUUUAAAUACAAUACAUACCUAUGUAGUUGAUUAUUAAAUUUGAAAUUGGAAUUGAAAAGUUAAUAAAAAAAUAUUUAGAGUUU